AAGGGCGCGUCUCCGAUGCGGCCGCGGUGCAUUGUGGGUAUGUGUCAGUUUCCGGGAAUAUGGCGAAGACGUACGACUACUUAUUCAAGCUGCUGCUGAUCGGAGACAGCGGCGUCGGGAAGACAUGUCUCCUCUUCAGGUUCAGCGAGGACGCCUUCAACACCACCUUCAUCUCCACCAUCGGAAUCGACUUCAAGAUCAGGACCAUUGAAAUGGAUGGAAAGAAAAUCAAACUUCAGAUCUGGGACACGGCUGGUCAGGAGAGGUUCAGGACCAUCACCACAGCCUAUUACAGAGGAGCCAUGGGCAUCAUGCUCGUCUAUGACAUCACCAAUGAAAAGUCCUUUGAUAACAUCAGGAACUGGAUACGUAACAUAGAGGAGCACGCCUCCUCAGACGUGGAGAGGAUGGUUCUGGGAAACAAGUGUGACAUGAACGACAAGAGACAAGUGUCCAAGGAGAAAGGAGAGAAGCUCGCCAUCGACUGUGGCGUUAAGUUCCUGGAGACAAGCGCCAAGUCCAGCAUCAACGUGGACGAGGCCUUCGUCACAUUAGCCAGAGACAUCAUGACCAGACUCAACAGGAAGAUGACUGACAGCAGCCCCUCAGGAGGAGGAGGUCCAGUGAAGAUCACAGAGUCCCGCUCCAAGAAGAGUCUGUUCAGGUGUUUGCUGUUGUAGGCGGAGCCUCCUGAAGCCCCGCCUCUGCUCACAGGGGAACCCCACCCCCACCCCGGCUGUGACUCCUCCUUCUUUUUCUUCUUCUGCUGUUUUGAGGGAGACGAGUGGACGAAGGAGGACGAGCCGACGUGAAGGAGCCGAAGAGACUGAAUUAAACUGUUACAGGGAGAGAACGACAUUCACUCAUUCAUCCAUUCACUCAUUCAUCCAGACCUCAUUCACUCAUUCAUCCAUUCAUCCAUUCACUCAUUCAUCCAUUCAUCCAGACCUCAUUCACUCAUUCACUCAUUCAUCCAUUCAUCCAGACCUCAUUCCGCCUCAUAGACGUCAGUCAGAUCAGAACAGAGUUACACGUUUACAGGAAACCAGAGUCGUUCCUGAUGAAUCCAUGAACUCGUCUUUGAACGAAAUGAAUAACUGAGUUCAGUUUAAAUGACGCGUUCACAAAAACAUCAGAAAAGUUUUAUUUUAAUAGAAACAGAACUUUAUUAUAAAUAUUAUUAUUAUUACUGAUCUCUAUCAUUCCUCCUCAGAGUGUUUUAUGUUACUUUUAUGCCAGGACUACAAAGAUGGCUGACAUGCCUCUUCCAGCCGUCUUUAACCAAUGAAGGAAACGUGAAUCCUGAACCAGUGUUUGUUUGUUUGUUUGCACUUUCUAACUCUAUGCAAGAACCAACGUUUGUUUUUCUUAUUGUUUGUGUUACUGAGCUCUGAUUGGACGACUUUAUUUUUUUAUUUCCUCGUUUAAUAAACUGAUUUUAUACA